AUGAAUUCUAUACGUUUCCUUUGUCGCUUAAAUAACAUACAACUUCAGCAAAUUAGGUUAGGUCAUAGAAUCAGAGGAAAAGCACCAAUAUACUGUAGAACUAUUAAAGAAAGAAUAGAUGAGCUCAAUUAUAAGGAUGAAUUAUAUACGGCUAGAAUUGAUAUCGGAUUUCCGACUGAAAAGAAAAAUGCAUUGUCAGCCCGCGAAGAUCGUAUUGCAAAAGCUCAGAAAGCUAAAAGUGAUAAAAACUUAGAAAAACUGGCAAGAAAUUUGCAGUUGGAAAUUAAUAUGGAGCAAUCAAGAAAAGAUUGGCUGCAGUCCUUGGGGCCCUUGCAUAAGAAACAGAUAGCAGACCAUUAUGCUAUAUAUGAACAUUUAUAUGGAGAGGGUUUCUUUAUACCACAUUUAGACUUAGAAGUGUUCUACGAUCUUGGAGAUGGCAAUUGUUUACCUGUAUAUUAUGGUAAUGUGGUAAAACCUGCCGAGGCUUUACAAAGUCCUAUAGUGAGCUAUGAAUCAGAUGGAAAUUCAUUAUGGACCCUUGUUUUGACAAAUCUUGAUGGGCAUUUGAAAGAUAAUGAAAAGGAAUAUGUUCAUUGGAUGGUUUCAAAUAUUCCCAGUAACUGUAUAGAGAAAGGAGAUGUCAUUUUCGAUUAUUUACGUCCCUUCCCUGUCAAAGGUACUGGUUACCAUCGAUAUGUUUUUGUACUAUACAAACAAGAUGGGCAGCUCAAAUAUGAUUUGCCAAAAGUUACAUCAACAUCAUUGGAAGACAGAACAUUUCAAACAAGAGAAUGGUAUAAAAAAUAUCAGGACAACAUAACACCAAUUGGUCUUGCAUUCUUUCAAAGCGAUUGGGACAAAACAGUCAGAGAUUUCUUCCAUACAACCUUAAAUAUGAAAGAACCAGUGUACGAGUAUGAUUUCCCUGAACCAUACAUACGGCCACAAGAAUGGUUCCCGCGACGAAAACCGUUUAAUGUAUACAUGGACAAAUACAGGGAUCCGAAACAAAUAAACAAAGAAUAUUUGCUACGUAAACUUAAAAACGAGCAUCCGUUCAGAAGCCCAGAACCUCCCCUCAAAUUCCCUAAUGCUCAUCCCUUCCCUAAAACAAUGCCAUCGUGGUUGAAAGUACAAGAGCAGAAAAUAAGACUUAAAUGGGGAAGAAUAAACGAUGUUUAA